GUUUACGGUCAAUAAAGUUUUUUGUUAAAAAAAAAAGAUCAGUCGGUUAUCACGAGAGUUUGACAAUGCGACAACAUAAAAGACGCAACAUGGCGGCUUCAGACAACGACAUGAACUCCAGGCAAAUAAAAACAAAAAAACAAGAUUCGGUUUUGAUAGACCCGGGUCAGUUAAAAAUCAGAAUUAAUUUAGAGAACGAGGGCCACGAUUUUACCGACCAGGAUCAGUACAGGCAUGAAGUAAAGAAGGAGAAGCUUGACCCGGACUUUGUAGAACAGCAGCACUGGAGCAAUGGUGUGAAGCAGGAGAACCAUGACUCGGAUAUUAUGAACUAUGACCAGAACUUUGUCAGCCAAGACCACAUCAAGAGCGACAUUAAAGAGGAAAGCCACGAUCCGGAUAUUAGCGAUCAGAACCACAUCAAGAGCGAAAUUAAAGAAGAACCGCAAGAUCCGGACAUCGGCGGCCAGAAUCACACCAAGAGCGAAAUCAAAGAAGAAACUCAAGAUCCGCAUAUUACGGACCACAACAACCAAAGCGGUGGAAUAAAUGAGCAGAACCGGAACCAAGACCAUCGGAGCUACGACCCCACUGAACCCACAGAUCAGCAGAAACACAGAGGAAGAAGGGCUUCAAGACUAUACCUCUAUCAGCAAUGUGACCAAGCCUUCACCACCCCAUCAGAGUUGAAGAAUCAUCAGAAGAUUAAUUCUGGAGAAAAAACAUACAACUGUGACCAGUGUGGCAAAACAUUCACUUCAAAAAAUAGCCUAAAGACCCAUCAGCGAAUUCAUCUAGGAAAAAGAGAGAAUACCUAUAGUGUUGUUCACACUGGAGAGAAACCUCACUCGUGUGAACAAUGUGGAAAAGCUUUCUCUUGUAUUAGUGACUUGCUGACACAUCAACAUGUUCACACUGAAGAAAAACUUUACUGGUGUGAACAGUGCGGAAAAGCUUUCACUUACAACAAGAAUUUACUGAGACACAAACGUCUUCACACUGGAGAAAAACCUCACUCAUGUGCACAGUGUGGUAAAUCAUUUACUCGGCACAAUAAUUUAAUGAAACACGGACGUGUUCACAAUGGAGAGAACCCUGUCUCGUGUAAAGAGUGUGGAAUGUUUUUUUCUAAUAGCAGAAGUUUACAGAAACACAAACGCAUUCACAGUGGAGAGAAACUGCACUCAUGUGAACAAUGUGGAAAAGCGUUUUCUCGACUCAGUUAUUUAGUGAUACACAGAUGUAUUCACACUGGAGAGAAUCCUCACUCAUGCGAACAGUGUGGUAAAUCAUUUUCUCGGCACAGUAGUUUAGAGAUACACAGACGUAUUCAUACUGGAGAGAAACCUCAGUCAUGUGAACAGUGUGGAAAAGCUUUUUCUAAUAGCAGAAGUUUAUGGAAACACAAACAAAUUCACACUGGAGAGAAGCCUCACUCAUGUGCACAGUGUGGAAAAGCAUUCUUUUGGCUCAGUGACUUGUUGACACAUCAACGUGUUCACACUGGAGAGAAACCUCACUUGUGUGCACAGUGUGGUAAAUCGUUUUCUCGGCUCAACAAUUUAGUGAUACACAGACGUGUUCACAAUGGAGAGAAAACUCACUCAUGUGCACAGUGUGGUAAAUCGUUUUCUCGUCUCAGUUAUUUAGUGCUACACAGAUGUGCUCACAAUGGAGAGAACCCUCACUCGUAAACAGUGUGAAAAAGCAUUUUUCAAUUGCAGAAGUUUACUGAGACACCAAUGUAUUCACACUGGAGAGAAACCUCACUAGUAUAAACAGUGUAUCAAUCCACGUCUGGACCUAGCUAACUUAACACCAAUAUCACAACAGAACUGUGAGUUUAACAUAAACAACGCAGAUAUGGCUACAGAACUCCACCAGACCAAGACCUGUCUCUCAACUCCGGAGACCUGCAUCAUAAAUGUGGAAAGGAAACUCAUUAAUGAAGGAAGAGACUUCAUUUGGACACAAAGUUAUGGUUCAGAUGCACCAGAACUUUCAACUGUCAUGAGACAAAUGCCAUUGCAUUCUGUGUGUAAAAUUCUGUUAUUUGAUAUGAGAUUGUUUUUUGUGCAACGUUUGUUUAAUCUACAGAUUUGCCAGGAAAAUGUUCAAGAACAACAAGUGACUUUAAAUGAAAUAGUUUGAUACAGCAAGCAGAGAGGCGUCACUCUCCAGCCACUGGCUGAACUCAUCCUCUGCCUCCAGUCAGCAACCUUGCACAGGUGAUGAUGACCAAAGGUUAUUAUCACCUGUGUGAUGAACUGAAUCCUGGUUCCUGGAUCAAGCUGGUUAUUCACUACACACACACCCUUAUUCAUCAACAUUCUGUUCAUACACUGCUGGUUAUUUCUUGCUUACUGUUUUCUCAUUUAUUUUGUGUUCAUUUAAAUAUAUUCAUACUAUUUCAGUCAUAUAUUCUGUAGUAUUAGAUUAAUAAAAUGUUAAAAGGAAUCUGGUUUUGUUCAGUUUAGGUCACGGAACUGCGUCAAAAAUUCACAACUCAUUUUUGGACUAUUCUGGUUUUAUUAAAAAAAAUGUUUAUUAAAAUUAAUUAUUAAAUAAUUAAAUUGAUAUCUGAUGUUAAAUUAGAUUAAUUAUAGCUUGGUUCAGCUAAAAGACCUAAUUUUGAUUUGAAUCUGCUACAAGAGACCUGACCUGUAGCCUCCAUGUAUUUUUCACAAUUUAUACUCAUUCUAAAGUAAGGAUAUGUGUAAAUGUUCAAUUUGAAAUUCAGUGAUGUUUCAUGUUGUUUUUAAAACUUUAAAUACUGCUUUAAUCAGUUUUACAGGUUUGCUCUUCAUCAUGAUAACAGAAUAUUUCACUCAAGGUUCAAAUUUACCUCUCAAGAACUUGAAUUGUUUUACUUGGUGUCAUUGAGUAGGUCCUUUUAGAAAAUUGAAAACCAUUUUUGAUGGUACCCUGCGUUAAAGGAUGGUAGCAGCCUGAAGCUUCUGGAUGAAGCACAGACCUGUCCAGCCUCCCCUUAUCAGUUUUCUCUGUUGGUUUUAGAAAGAAAGAAGAAAGCCUUUUUUGGUCAUUAUCACUAUGUAACAUAAAAAUUUGUCUUAAUGCAUUUAACCCUUCCCUGGGGGAACAGUGGGCUCCCGGGGAGCCGGUGCUUACUCGAGGACACACUUAGUGAAGCCACCACAAUCAGAAAAGUAAUCAUGUCACAUCGAUAAAUACAUUAAGUAGGUUGCACAAAAUCAUGGUGCAGAAUACCUCCGUCUGAAGGCUGCAAACAUUAUACUGGAGACAAAAUGUGAAACAGAAACGGAUUACGUCUUGUAUCAGCCUCCUCCACCUACCCUGACCACAUGACUGGUUGCAGAGUGUCCUCUGAAAAAAAAUAAAAACAAAAACCUGUAAUGUGUCAUUAGAAUCCUGAGGUACCAAGUGCACUGUUCACUGCUCAUGAAAAAACGGUUGAAACAGUUUUCAAAAUGCAUGCAAAGUAGGUAAAUCCGUCACAUAUUGUCGGAAGUCGCUCUCCAGUCUCCACCCUGUUAACAUCUUUCGCCGUCAUGUUUUGACAGAGGGACGUGUGGAACUAUAGAAUAAACAUCAAAAAUCUAUUUUGUUCCUUAGUAAGAGGAAUUGCAAGCCAGACCUGUGUUCAUCCAAAAAGUGGGAAGUUGAGGUCAGUUUCUCAAUGUGUGUGUGUAAUCAUAACUCUUAUAUAACUUCAUAACUUAUCAUCAGGACCAGGAGACACACGUGUGUAGAAGGUCAGGUCAGAUACGAUCUCUGAAAGCAGAAUCACAAGCUCUUGUGCAGCUACAUACUACAUUUUGACACGUCACAAUUCCAAUAAAAAUGUCUUUGAAAGUCAGACAUCAUGCUUUUUUUAUAUAUUAUUAGACUGUCCUUCCAUGCAAUGCAGUUUACAUGCAAUGCAGUUUAUUUUGUUGGAACGCCACUGCCUUUCUAGUUGUCGGGUCCUGUGCUUUAGGCUGCGGAUCUCUGAGUUAUACCACGGAGCCAACCUCCUCUGAUUCACUGCCUUCUUCUUCAGAGGAGCCACUGUGUCUACGUUGUACGCAGAGAGACUGCGGCAUCAUCCAUCCAUUUUCUAAACCGCUUAUUCCCUAUUCCCUAACCCAGCUGGCUAUGGGCGAGACGGGCCAGUCCAUCGCAGGGCAACACAUAGACAUUCACACACACUCUACCUAAGGGCAAUGGAGAGUCCAAUCAACCUAAUGCACAUCUUUGGACUGUGGGAGGCCGGAGAACCCGGAGAGAACCCACGCAAGCCAGGGAGAACGUGCAAACUCCACACAGAAGGCACCGCCUCCGGGAAUCGAACCCAGAACCUUCUUGCUGUGAGGCGACAGUGCUACCCACCGCACCACCCGCCGAGACAUCAUCUACCAGACAAUUAACCUGUUCAAAAGGAUUAAGGUAACUGUUCUCCUUUGUGUAGCUACAAUGAGGCAAUGAGGCAAAAGAUGAGGCAAAAGAUGAUGGAAUCAUCUGCUUGAAUCUGGCAACAGCCUGGUCAGAUAAACAUCUUCUAUAGUAAAUUUUCUUUCCAGCUGCUGCAAGGUCAAUUAUGGUAAAUUCAAAAGUUAAUAAGAAAUGGUUAGAUUUCAACCCCAAAUGUCAGUUUGUACACCAUUUUGUGUCCUAUUUCCCUUUCACCUAACAUCAUUUCUAUAUCUGUCCCUGUGCACUACAGAACACAGUACCUCCUGACUCGCCUGCUCAUUCAACUCAUCCCUCACUUCCUCCCAUUUUAACCUGGCCAUGCAUAGAUGCAGCCUUUACAGUACAAUCCUUACAGUCUUAGACUUGAUAUCAGAUGUUCGUUGACAACUCUCCUUCCACAGACUCCUCUUCUCCUGAUGAAUCUCUGUCCUUUUUCCUUUUCUUUCACCUUGUGCUAUCCUCCACCUUCUCCCCCUUCCUCCAUUAUACCUGGAGACUGUUCGAUUUGCUGCGGAUCCACCAGUCCAGACCUAUACAGGCCGUUGGUCAGCACAUCUACCAGAAACCUCACAAUUUCUACCCUUCUUUGGGUUGAGUAAAGUAAUAGUAAAGACAUGAAUAAAGCAAUAAGAACAGCAGGACGAUGACAGGAACUUUAUAAUUUAAUACUUUACUUUAAUAAUUUAAUACUGGAAAUGGAGUGAAUAAUGACUGUGAAGCUGGAUUUGGGUGAGGUAAUUAAUAGUGCUGAUUGUACAGUCUGAUAGCAGCAGGGAGGAAAGAUUUGUGGAAUCUCUGCCUCACACAGCGAGGGUGAAGAAAGGGGAAUUGCUUUGUCUCAAAACUCACUGACCUCAGCUACCAAAAUGAUGGUUUGGAACAUUACUGUGUAGUAGAAUAGGUAAACAGUGUCCAGGCCUCAUUAAUUCCUGCUUGGAGCCCAGUUUAGAAUAGAAUAGAAUAGAAUAGAAUAGAAUAGAAUAGAAUAGAAUAGAAUAGAAUAGAAUAGAAUGCUUUUAUUAGUCCCAGAGCGGGGAAAUUCCCAUCAGCAGCCAGCUUGACCGGCACUAGUCCGACAGUGGAAGCAAAUUGCAGUACAAACAAUAAAAACACACGCACAUACAGUGGCACACAGUACAAGUCGAAACCUUGCUGGAAUUUUUUCUUGGGUUCAUCAGGACAGAUAGAUAAGGUCGGAGAGCAGACAGUGAGACUGUAAGGUGGGGUGGGAGGGGGUUGUAUCUGAAUCAGUGUAGUGAAGUGUUGUUUAUUAAAGUAUGACCGUGGCCGACCAAGAUGUUUACGUGCCAGUCCAACAGUUGUCCUUGAAGGGAGUCACAAUAAGGGAAAGAGGAUACAUAGAUACACAGCUGGUGAGCUAGAUUGGACCCGGGAAGGGAGGGGUGAGGGAGAAGGGAUAGAGUAAUACACAGCCAAUUCUAAUACAUUUUAACAAUCCAUGACUAAUUUGUCUAGAUCAAUACUCCAAUCGGUCAGAACUCAGGGCUUCAUCGCCUCUUGUGGGACCGUGGGUCACCUGUGACAUCUCCUCAAGCCUGUCAGACAAGGCUGUCACCAUAUUCACCAAGUGUUCAGUCUGUCUGCAGAUGUUAUCCCUCAGUCUCUUGUCUUCCUCCAAACGGGCUGAGAUCUUAUUAGUCAGUCCUGCCAUCCGGGCAUCCGAACGGGCUGAGUUUAAUAUAGAUUAAAAAAAGAAUAUGGCAUCACUUUAACUUUCUUAAAUAAGAAAAAAAGGGCAUAAGUAAUGCAACCUGGGGACACUUGUUGCUUCCACCUAAGGAUGGCAAUGUUGUUCCAUGUUUCCAAUCUUAGGCACUGCACGGGGGCUGCCCAUUGCUUCCCCAGGGGAUGGGUUAGAUGCACAGAACAAAUUUCAUUUAUAUUGUAACAAUGUGACAUAUCCUGAACAAAGGAUUGUUAUGAUUAUUACUAAAACAUCAUCCCACAAUUAUUGGAAAUCAUUUAAAUCAUCAAGAACAACACUAAGAUAUUGGUGUCAUCAAAUCACAUCAGUCUAAAUAGGUCAAUUAAUAAAAAACAUCCUAUAAAUUGGAUAAAACAUUAUUAUAAUCAUGUGUGUAUAUGAAAAUCAUCAUGGUUUUAGUGUAAAAUGCUAAAAUGGAGGGUGUGUGUAAUGGAAAAAUUUUGCCUUUGGGCUAUUUCUUAUCCAACACAGUCGUCAUGUGCUGGUUAGGUGCAAUACUGAACAUUCUUACACAAACAACUGAUCUCUUGUGCCCUGUCGUACAUCAAGUCUAAACAUCUGAUGUUCCAUUUGACUGACUAAUAAUUUAUGAUAUAUGUUUGUCUUUUACACCCGGACUCUGGCUCCAUCCUAUCUGACUCCCCACCAGACCCAAGGCUGUUAAAGCAAAUGCAUCUUGUCUUGGAAGCUCGGUGUUCCUUCCUUUGGAUAACAAGACAUGACGAUGCAGAAGUGAGAAAGCAAACAUUCUCACUCACAGCGAGAUAAGGUGGCGCAAACAAUUCCAUUGCUGCAGAGAGACAUUCCACCAGAGCCAGAGAAAGGGGUUAAAAGGCAGAAGCAACUUGAGGAUCGUGGGCUCUUUGCAUCACGCCUUCGUGGUGUGUGCACUGAUCUCCCCAGCUGGUUUUUGGUUUGUUGAUGUGCACGAUCAACAUCCAUGCUUUUUAUUUGCUUUCCCCAUUAUUUUUAUUUUCUUUAUUAUUUCAAUAAAUCGCACAAAAGGACAA